AAGAGGAAUGGAAUACAAUUCCAAGAUCCUUAAUUGUUGUCAUAUUUGGCAGCAGUAGCAAAUUUAGUAGCAUAUCCAUGAUUGGGAACACACAUAUUAAGGCAUGCUUUCAGUGUGAAAAGACCUAGUAGAGGAGCAGACAGCUAGAAAACAUUUCAAGUCCUCUACAAAACAUAAGAAUCUGGAAAAUUGAAAACAUGUGUUCUAAAUAUGAUCCUUGAGGAACAUCUAAAGGAUCACUUAACUCCUAGGAUAUAAAACCACUGACCUUUACAAUUUGAGAUUUGUUAAUUCGGAAAUUGUGAAUUUCACGAAGCUUUCAGAAUUAUCAAAGCCGCUUCAAGAAUACUCGAGAUUAACCAAUGACUUAAUCUAUCGAACGCCUUGAAAAAGUCAGUGUAGAUAGUCUACCUCACUCCAAGACGCCCAUUAAGUAAUUGCCAUAAGUAAACAGAGUUUUGUUAAACUUUUAAUCCAAAAUCUAGUUUGCUCAGGUUUAUUUAUAUUGCUUUUACUUUCGGCUUUGCGAAUAAAUCAGAACAAACAACCAAUUCUAAUAAUUUAUUAAAUAAAAUAAAAAGUGGAUGAUACAGAAAAAACUACACGAUUUCAGUAUGGAGGUCAUCAGGCCCGAGACCCUUAUUAAUAUUUUGAAAUAUUUAUGUCAAAAUUCUCAUAUUGAUAUUAUUAAUCCAUAAAGAUUUAGAUGUAGGGUAGUUUUUGUUAUUAAACUAUUUUAAAGUAAUCAGCAAAGAGAUCAGUUAAGUCAGGACCAAGAAAGCAAUGUUGAAUAAGCCGAGUUUUCUAGAGUUCAUAUCAAACCAGAACUUUAGAUUACUGUGAUCAAUGAAAGUUGCUUCUGAUUUAGAAACAUAUAGUGCUGCAAGUAAUUCUACAUGCCAAUCGUAAUGUAGACACGGUAAUUUAAUCAUUCCUAGAACCUGACUGAAAACGUUAUGCGUCUGGUUAUUGAGAAUUACUAAACAGCUGCGAAGUGCCAAAAUCCUUGGCAAAACCUGAAUGCACGUCUCUGACUACAUACUUUAAUUAAAGAAACCCAUCAAAUAAAUUUAUCCAUUUUAUUCUUCAGGUUACCACGUCUUAUCUCGCCGAUAAUGGCACAUCAACUGCCUGGCACGCUGAAGGUGUAAAUAAAUCGUCAAAAAAAAAGGUCAAGGUGUUAUCUAAACCCAAUCAUCAGCCAUUAAAAGGGUUGAACCAUUAAAGGAUAUAUGUACUACACUGACCACAAUAAUUGGAAGAAACCCUUUUAUGAAAAAAAAAACAUGACCUGCUCACGGAAUCUCUUCAUACAUGUUAUUUAGCCGUCAAGACAAAUGAUAGGAGACACUCUUCAGGAUCUCCGGCAGCAGGAUAGUAUACGGCGUUUUCAACUUGGGGGCAGAAGUGUUCUGCUCUAGGAUACCAGGUUUGACGCCAAGGCAGAGAGAGAUGUGCAGACAAUCACCGGAUGCCAUGGUAGCUGUAGGAGAUGGAAUAAGGAUGGCAACUGACGAGUGCAAGUACCAGUUCAGACACCAAAGAUGGAAUUGCAGCGGAAUAGAGAACCCGUCCUCGUUCGGGCAUGUGGUCAUUGUUGGUUCCAGAGAAGCGGCUUUCACUUAUGCCAUAAGCAGCGCGGGUGUGACCUUCGCAAUAACAGCGGCAUGUGCCAGAGGUAACAUCAGCGCAUGCGGGUGCCAGGGCCCGAGCCGCUAUAAGGAGCCAGCGCCCGAAGGUUGGAAAUGGGGCGGGUGUAGCGUGGACAUCGAGUACGGCACCAGGUUCGCUCGGAAGUUUAUGGACGCCCGGGAGUUCGAAGGGGACGAGAGGAGUCUGAUGAAUUUGCAUAACAAUAAGGCUGGAAGAAAGAUAGUCAAACUAAAUUUACAACUAGAAUGUAAGUGCCACGGAGUAUCAGGGAGUUGUACGAUGAAAACCUGUUGGAAAACUUUACCGACAUUUAGGCAAAUAGGUGACGCCUUAAUGGAGAAGUACUAUAGAGCAAGGCCAGUGGUAGCAGUUUCUCAAGGCCCCAAUCCAAGAAACGUUCACAUGCGGAGGCACCGUAAACCCCACCAUUUGGUGCUUACCAAAGGUAAGUUGCCCACCAAGAAAACCCCGAAGAAGGCGGAGCUGAUAUUUUUGCAAAUGUCUCCGAAUUAUUGCGAAAGGGACGUGACGACGGGAAGUAUGGGAACAGUUGGGAGAUCGUGCAAUCGAACGUCAAGAGGUACCGAUGGUUGUGACCUAAUGUGCUGCGGCAGAGGAUACAACACCCACCAAUACAUAAAAACCACCCAAUGCAGAUGCAAGUUCCACUGGUGCUGUAGGGUGGAAUGUGACACUUGUAGUGAAAAAACAGAAGAAUACACUUGCAAAUAAACAAAUUAUCAUUUAAAUAAUGACAUUUUUGCUAAGCAGAUAAAAGAAUCUCAUGAAAGUAUUAAAACUGUUUGCGUCCAGGUUUCACAAAUCAACAAAGCACAGAACGUAUUUGUGAUUUUAUUUUUAUUUUGUAGCUAUUUUAAUAUUUAUUUGUUGUAAAUAAUAUAAUAAUAGACAAUAAACAGUAUUCGUAUGAACUUAAGUAAUCAUCAGCAUUAUUGACAAUGUAGAGUUAAGUAAGAUUAAUAUUGUUUGUAUAUUUUAAUCGUUUAGUUUAGUUGAAUUAUUGUUUAAUGUACAUACGUAUGGGCAGAAGAAGGAAACGUGUAUGAUAUAGCAAUAUAAUGUGAGAUAUUUUAAAUUAAUAUAAUAAAAAAUAUUAUAAAUUA